UAAGUUUGUGUAUUUAUUCUUGGUGAUAAACAAUUUUUCAUUCUAAAUACUAAUUAAUUAUGUCGCAUUAUAACGUUUUCAGAUUCAGUGAAAGUAGUGUUAAAAACAUGCUACUAGUAGCGCUAAUAAUCGCCUAGUUGAGUCUAUGUUUCAGUGAUAUCACUUACAUUCACAAUAUUGAACACAUCAUCAACGGACAUACCUAAAUCACUGCUUGAUAUAGUUUCACAAUUUAAACCAACGAUUUUGACUUUUAUGAAUGAUAUUGCUUAUCUUACAAGAUUUUCAUCUAGUGAUAAUGAAAAAAAAUUAAAAGAUUUUAAUUUUAAGUAUGUCAAUUGUGAAAAUAACUAAUAAUAUAUUCCAAAUUUAGUAUGUCAAGUUUUAAUAAUGCUUCACCUAGCAAAAUACCUAAACCGAAAUGGCAACGUAAUACAUCUAAAAUACAAAGACAUCACAGUUUACAAACAUUGAAUACUUAUGAAAAAGAUGAUGACUUGGCAUCAGAGAAAAGUUUUGGGAGUACAACAAGUAGUCAAUGUGAUAGUAGCCACUCUAUAUUUGCUUUAAAUGGAACAACUUAUUCAAAUCGUAAAAAAGCAUAUCUUCAUUAUUGUCCUUCGAAUGUGGGAAGUGAAGAAUAUCUCACUCCUACUCAAAGAUCAAGCAGAACUAUAAGAAAUUUAAGGAGACUUUUAAAUGACGCCCACAGUGAACUUAAUGAUAAAGAUACAAUCAUUGAACAUUUAAAAAAAGAAAAUAAUGAACUUAAAAUUAAGUGUGGUUACCAAACAGCGGAUGAUUCAAUAGCAGAAGGUGAUGAAGAAGAAGAAAAUAUUAAAUUUACAUCUAAUAAAGACACACCUUCUGAUUGUGAUUCAGUUAAAUUAACUAGACAUUUUUUAAACCCAUCUCCAUCACCAGCAGAUUCCGGGCACAGUGAUGAAUACGAUGAAAUAAAAAAGUUAAGACAAGCUUAUGAUGAACUUAGAGAAAAACAUAAUGAUAAAAUUGAAGAACUUUUAAAAAACUUAGGAGAAAUUAAUGAAAAAUAUUACACAUUAAAACCAAUGUUAGAUGAAGCUAACAUUAGAAUUAAAGAACUUGAAAGAGAAAACGAAUUUCUAAAAUGGUCAACACAGCAUAAAAACAAUGACCCAACUGCAAUAUGUAAUAAAAUAUGUGUAGAUAGUUUAACACAAACUGAUUCAUUUACAUUGAGUGACAAGCAAACUAAUACUGAUAAUUUAAUUGAAAUUGGUAUUUCGGAAAUUCCUACCCAAACCCUACCAAUAGUCAGUUCAGAAAAAUUUACUGAAACCAAUUUAGAUAAUGAUUCAAUUGAAGAAUUAAGUAGCAUGAAAAUUGAACUACAAAAAACCAAAGGGCGUAGUCAAAGUGUUGGGGGCGCUUUAUUAUCAGGACCUGAGGCAAUUGCCCUUUGGAUGAUCGGCACUAAAAAGGCGAUGUAUGAAAAUAUGCUACAACAACAACUUGAACAACAACGUCAACGUCCAGUAAAUGAUGCUGAAAUGACUCUCCAGUUUUUGAAGUCAGCAAUUUAUUAUUACUUAACAGAUCCAUCUAAUUGUACAGGACAUUUAAAUGCUAUAAUAAGCAUUUUAAGGUAUUCAGAUAUUGAAAAGUCUGUAAUUGAAAAAAAUCAAGCUUGGAAAUAAUUUUUUUUUUUUUAAUGUGAUACAUAAAUAUUUAUUACAUUAAAAGUGUAUUACUUAUGUAAGAGUUUUUUUGACUUGUAUGUUAUUUUUGUUUUGUUCAUUAUUUUUAUAAGUAUUUAUUACCUUUAUAUUUAGUGAUUAAGUUAUAAAUAAUAUUGUGAUUUUUUCA